UGGUUCUGUGGUUGCAUGGCUACAGACGAACGUGUUUUACCCCUCGGGGCUGCCACGGCGAGGCCCGACCCGCCACGACGCGGCCUGCAAGCCCCAGGCGUCCCCCCUAGCGCUCCGCUCCUCCCGCAGCCUCCGGCAGCGCCUCCUCCGGACACCGCCCCGCCGCCAUCCCCACAGGAAGGCCGCAGCCCGCCGGCGGGCCGGGCCGCCAUGGCCGAUCAAUCAUAUUGUCAUCGGCUCCAGCACGACAUGUACUUUCUUACAAGCAAUAGCCGACUGAAUGAGCAAGUAGUUGAUAAAAUUAUUCUUCAGCUUAACAGAGUCUACCCCCAAAUUCUUACCAAUGCAGAAGCAGAAAAGUUCAGGAAUCCAAAGGCAUCACUCCAUACCAGACUUUCAGAUCUCAUAAAGCACCUUCAAAAGAAAGGAGAGAGACACUGCCAAGAGUUUUACAGGGCUCUACAGAUCAAUGCUGAACAGCUGUAUGAUGACCUACCAAGCAGGAAAAUCUUGAAAACCACAGAUUCCACAGAGAUAGACACUGACAAGGAGAAAUAUAUGCUAAAUGACAGGGGUCCGGUAUUUUUCCUCGCUUGCUUUAGCGUUGCUGCGGGAUUUGCGUUGUUCUGGUAUUGCUGUAACUCAGAUACGAAAGUCGUAGCAAGAGCCAGGAGAAUCUUGGGCUUUUCUCCUAUUAUCAUAGGAAGACACGUUAGAAAUAUUUGUAUGUUGUAUUUGGAAGACAGAUCAAGAACUUAAGGAAAAGCUGCCUCUUCGCUUGACUGUACAGUAUGCCUGCCAAGGGAAGACAACGGUGCAUGAAUAUUAAUGUACUGUGCUCUCAUACCAAAGAUUUUAUUAACUAGCUUCAUUGGUAAUUGCGUUGCCUCAAGAUGUAUUCAGAAUUUCAGUUAUAUAUGUCCUUCCUUAUGGGAAUGGACUAUUUAUUUUUGUAAAUGCUUAUUUUAAAAUAUUUAUCAUUGGGAUAAAAAAAUAUUUUUAAUACAGACUUUAAAAUUA